UAUAAUUGGCUUUGUUUCAUAAUAGAUUUACCUUUGUACUGGGUAAGAAAAUCCUGAAAAGCUUUUCCCCUAAGAGGAUCAACUGGUUGGAAUAGUCUGAGCUGGAAGAAGCCAAGCUUUAUAAUUAAUUGGUGAGCAGAGAUACUGGAUUCCCAGUGCUCACCAGUGUGGUGCAAAGCUGGCUGCACACUCGGCCCUGAAGACUCGGCGAAAACAUAAAUUUCCAGGGCCCCAGUGAUGCUGUGUCAGUCUGCACAAAACAUUUCCCUGGUAUUCUAAUGCAUAGCCAGGUUCGGUACCCAGUGAAUUGUCUACUCAGUUUGGAGCCUUCAGCCUUUUCACCCUGCACAUUUGAUAAAUCUAUAUGUUUAUACGAAGCUUUUGUUGAAAGUGAAUGCCCAAUGGUUAUUGCUGACUUUCUUCAAUUCAUAAUUUGUUUCAGGUUCUGUUAUUGCAUAGAUUUGCAUGCCUGUUUUAUGGUAUUCUAAUACUGUUGAUUUAAAAAAAUUCCAUUUCCUCUGAGUGCUAUUUUGAAUAUUUUAUAUAAGCAAUUGCAUGGGUUUUGGGUUUUUUUCUCUACUUGCAGAAAGCAGGGAAAUAUUUCAGGGUUUUUUCUAAUCCAGUUGCAAGUAGGGCAAAGGAUAUAACAGAAAUACUUAAAGCUCUUCUUGAGCAAGAUGAUAUGAAAUAUUGAAACUUUUAAGUUACAACAUAAUGAACACUAUCACACUUUUUAAAUAUGAGAUGGUUUAAAUGUUUAAGACUUGCCAUGGGGUGCAUCUGACAUAUUUUAAAAUUAAGGGUGGUAGGUCUCCUGAGGUAUAUACAGGAUUUUAAAGUUUAAAAGUGAUCUGUUAUUUAUUAAAAUGUGUGAAAAAGCAGCAGAAAAUCUCCUCUGCACCAUCAGUUAUGCGUGCUCUUGAAGUGAAGCCCCAGUUGCAGGAUAAAGGGGGAGGGGUGGGGGUUGGGAAUGUUUUCCUGGCUUCAUUCACUGAAGAUGUGCAAGAUCUCUUCUUACAGGUUUGAAUCCUCAAACAAACUCCUGCGAGGAGUCCAUGACCGCCUGGAAGCUGACAUUUCCUGUCAUCGAGUAGACAGUCUGGUGAUCCAGGACAUGCCCCAGCUCUAGUGAUGCAGGUUCCCUUUCUGCUCCUGGAAUCGCAUCUGUGCCUCAGACUCUCCUCCCAGCCUGAGACUGCACAGUAACUAGGAUGUGGGACAGCAGGAAGCAGAGCUAGUGGGUCCUAAGAGGCCCAUGUCUGGGGAGAGCAGGCCCAGGACCGCAGCGCUGCCUGUCCCCUGGCCUGGCGUUCGUCUGUGGUGGCUCUGCUGAUGUGCUCAGCACCAUCCUUCCAUUUGUGCUUAAAUGGCACAGCAUUUGGUCAGCGCAUCUGAAAAGGAAGGUGUGAGAAGCAAAGCCCAUGGCCACCUACCCCUGCCAAUUAUGCGGCAAAACGUUCCUCACCCUGGAGAAGUUCACUAUCCACAAUUAUUCCCACUCCAGGGAGCGACCUUACAAGUGCUUGCAGCCAGACUGUGGCAAAGCCUUCAUUUCCAGAUAUAAAUUAAUGAGGCACAUGGCUACCCACUCACCCCAGAAGUCUCACCAGUGUGCUCACUGUGAGAAGACAUUCAACCGGAAAGACCACCUGAAAAACCACCUCCAAACUCAUGACCCCAACAAAAUGGCCUUUGGGUGUGAGGAGUGUGGGAAGAAGUACAACACCAUGCUGGGCUACAAGAGGCACCUGGCCCUCCACGCGGCCAGCAGCGGCGACCUCACCUGUGGGGUCUGUGCCCUGGAGCUAGGGAGCACAGAGGUGCUGCUGGACCACCUCAAAGCCCACGCUGAAGAAAAGCCCCCUAGUGGAACCAAGGAAAAGAAGCACCAGUGCGACCACUGUGAAAGAUGCUUCUACACCCGGAAAGACGUGCGGCGCCACCUGGUGGUCCACACAGGCUGCAAGGACUUCCUGUGUCAGUUUUGUGCCCAGAGAUUUGGGCGCAAAGACCACCUCACGCGACAUACCAAGAAGACACACUCACAGGAGCUGAUGAAAGAGAGCUUGCAGGCUGGAGACCUCCUGAACACCUUCCACUCCAUCUCUCCCCAGUUUCAACUGAAGGCUGCCACACUGUCUCCUUUCCCUCUGGGAGCUCCUGCACAGAAUGGGCUUGCGAGUAGCUUGCCAGCUGAGGUACACGGCCACACCCACAAUCCCUCAGAGCAAACCUGCCAGCCUGUACAGCCGCUGCCAGAGCCCCUGAUCCCCCUCCCCCCGGUAGCACCCCCCAGCUCUCCCCCUCCGCCCCUCCAGAAUCACAAGUACAACACCAGCUCUACCUCAUACUCCCCACUUGCAAGCCUGCCCCUCAAAGCAGAUACUAAAGGAUUUUGCAAUAUUAAUUUGCUUGAGGACUUGCCUCUGCAAGAGCCUCAGUCACCUCACAAGCUCACCCCAGGUUUUGAUCUGGCCAAGGGAAGUGCUGGUAAAGUAAACUUGCCCAAGGAGCUACCUGCAGAUGCUGUGAACCUAACAAUACCUGCCUCUUUGGACAUUUCCCCUCUGUUGGGUUUCUGGCAGCUGCCCCCUCCUGCUACCCAAAAUGCCUUUGGGAAUAGCACCCUCACCCUGGGGCCAGGGGACUCUCUGCCCCACAGGCUAAGCUGUCUGGGGCAGCAGCAGCAAGACCCCACACUAGCCAUGAGCACUAUGAGCCUGGGCCAGCUCCCCCUCCCCCCCAUCCCCCAUGUUUUCCCGGCUGGCACUGGCUCUGCCAUCCUGCCUCAUUUCCAUCAUGCAUUCAGAUGACUGGUUUUUACAGUGUACGUUUCUUAUUCUGGAAGAUGUUUUAAGAAGCAUUUUAACCGUCAGUUAUAACACAAGGAAAGAUUUGGAAAGCAGAACUUGGAAUAUGGCUUAUUCAGUGAUGACUGGCUUGAGAUAAGAAAGUUCUCGAACUGCAUGUAUCGUGCCAACCUGUCCUGAGUGUUCAUGCUUUGUACCAAAUUUAAUAAGCAAGUAUUCUUUAAUGGAACUGCAACUAUUGUCAUAACCGACAUCCAAACGAGGGCUGCUAUAUAUAGGUGUUUGUCAAAUUGAGUUUAAUCGUAAGCCAUGAUCAUAAUAAUGUUAACUAAAUAACUUUAUGUGGCACUGCCUAGUAAGGGAACUUUGGAAAGGUUUGGAUUUCUCCAAAAUGGGAGAAUUUUUUCAAUAAGAAAAUAACCUUUAUAUUGCAUAUUAUAACUAGGCUGUGUAUUUCUUUUCAGGGAUUUUUCUACCUUCAGGGUUGGAUGUAGUUUAGUUACUAUUGCCAUAGCCAACCUAUAGUUUUACAGAAACAAUUUCUUGUGGAAUAAUAGACGUCUCCAUUUUAAACAAGCAUUUUAAAUGUAGUUUGAAUAUGUUCCACAAGAUGCUACAAUGUGAGUUAUCACUUCAUGUAUCUUAAAGACUAAACUGGUUGUCAGUUACAUCUGACAGAAAAAAAAAAUCACUGUGUAACCAGGUUAAGUGGUAAAAUAAUCCAGGCGUCAGUCAAAAAAAAGCAUUUUGCUGACUUUAAUAUUGAUUAUAUUUUUAACAGGAAUUUAAGAAAAUAUUACUGGAAUUUUAAAUAUAUAUAUAUAUAUAUAUUAAACAAGAAUUUUCUUUGCUCUGUCUGGCUUAAAAUACUACUCUGCUUAAGUAUUUUUAAUCACCAAUAAAUAAAUGCAUUUUAAAUUCAUCAUUUAAGUCAAUAUUAGUUUUACUCAAAAAGUAUAACAUUUUGCAAUGUAACUAUAAUCUACUCUUGAAUUUGGUAUCUAAUGAGUUUUAAAAAUAUGAAACCUAACCUUUUUUUAAAGCUCCUUUGUCUUUUGUGUUUAGAGGCUUUCUAUAUGAAAAUAUAUCUUACAUAUAAUAAACUCCACAAAUCCUG